AACCUGAAACACCAGUGAACAACCUCCACAUCUCGCGAUAAUCUGAACGACUGCGAAGAAGAGACGGUGGUGAGGUUUGGUUAGAAUCAUACUUCACAAUCCAUCCUCAAGAAAAUGUCUGAGAAGACCCUAAUCACACCCACCUCCCUCACAGCCCUUCAUUCAACAACACACAAGGACACCAUCCUCUGCAAGUUUGACAAGCUGAGAAAACGAGAGCUCCUGUGUGACAUCACCCUUAUCGUAGAAGAUGUGCACUUCAAAGCACAUAAGGCCCUGUUGGCCGCCAGCAGUGACUACUUCUCCCUCAUGUUCACUGCUGAGGAGCAGAUCAGCCAGUCUACCUACAGGCUGGACGGCAUGGCGGCGGAGACCUUCGGCGCUGUACUGGAGUUCAUCUACAGUGCCCAGGUAUCUGUGGAGGAGAGCGUUACCGAGCAGCUACUAGACCUGGCCAGACUCCUAGAGGUUAGUGACCUUGUGAAAGCCCAUGCGGACCAUAACCUGAACAUUACCUAUCCGGGUGUAGAGGGAAGAGGCCUUAGUAACAUCACCUAUCCUGGUUUCGAGGUGAGACCGGAAGUGAAUACAGACAGUGGAGAAGGUAAAGGACUGGGAGGAGGGACAUCGUCAGCGAUGCAGCCGAAACGGAAAAGGGGUCGUCCCAGGAAGAAUGAAGUGGACAUGUCUGUGAAGAUAUUGGAAGAGUCCAAUAAACAGGAAGUAAGAAGUGAUGUCAUCACCAUCCAGGAAGCAGCCAAUGAAAAACAGCAGGUUAUAGUUAAUGAUGUCACAGUAGACUGUGUAGACACUGAAGAAUGUCUGGUUGAGUCACAUGAUAAACUGGCUUCUCCAAUAAGAGAUUCUGAUGAUGCAGACUAUGAUCCUAGAUCAGCCCGUACUAGGCGGCAGAGUAAGAGGAAGAUCAGGCCACCAGUGAAAUUUAAGGGCUACAGAGUGGGGGACCGGGACGACACUACGUCUGAAUGCAGAGAACCAGGGAAGAGGGGCAGGAAGAGAAAAUACCCCAACACAGAGGCACGGUGUGAAGACUGUGGGAAAGUGUUCAAAAGCCACCUGUUCUUAAAGAUACACCAAAGAACUCAUACAGGUGAAAAGCCGUUCAAGUGUUUUGCGUGUGGGAAGAGUUUCACACAGAAGCACACCCUCCUGGUUCACCAGCGGAUGCACACUGGAGAGAAACCCUUCGUCUGUACCGUCUGCUCUAAAGCCCUGUCAACCAAACACUCACUAGUGGAUCACAUGAACCUACACACAGAGGAGAAAUCAUUCAGCUGUGACAAAUGUGGAAAGAUGUUCAGCCAGAAGAGACAACUAAAGAGCCACUACAGGGUCCAUACGGGUAAAUCUUUACCAGAAUGUGCACACUGUCAACGUAGGUUCAUGGAUGCAGCUCAACUGAAGAAGCACAUGAGAACCCACACAGGUGAGAAGCCUUUCACUUGUGAGAUCUGUGGAAAGUGUUUUACAGCCAAGAGCACCUUACAGACGCACAUCAGGAUUCACAGAGGAGAGAAGCCAUAUGUCUGUAACGUCUGCAACAAGUCAUUCUCUGACGCCAGUGCCAGGCGACGUCACGUAGCCUCCCAUACCGGAAAGAAGCCCUUCACCUGCUCCUUCUGCAACCUGUCCUUUGCUCGCCUGGACAACCUGAAGACCCACACCAAAACCCACAACAAGGAGAGCGUAGUCACCAUCACCACCGAGGAGGCCCAGAGCGGGGCUGGGGUGGUGGAGGAGGAGGCUGGGGUCACCACAGGGGCAACGGAGGAGGUACGCAGCAUCCUACAGCUUCAGCAGUACCAGCUACCUGGCCACCCAGAGCAGGAGAUACAGCUGGUUGUGACUGGAGAUGUGGAUAACCUCAAUUUUGUGCCCAGUCACUGUGGGCAUGAUCAGGGCAUCAGCAUUAUUACUACAACAGAGGGAGGGGUCUCGGAGGCGGCAGACCAGGCCCAUUCCAGACUGACCCUCCUCACCCAGCCGUCAGGACACAUGCAAAACGUGGCCUUGGUCACACAGGGCAGCGUGGACCAUCACAACCAGCAGAUCCAGACUAUCAGCGUCCUGCAGGACGGACACAUGACCAACGGGGUUGGGGUCGCAGGUCAGCCUGAACAGAUGCAUGUCAUCACUCUAUCCAAGGAGGACAUGGAGCACCUUCAGGCCCACCACGGGCCGCCCCAGCCCCUACACAUAGCACCCAGGCCUGGCUCCCUCCCUGGCCCUGGCUCUGUACAGCAGCUCCACGUCAUGCACCAGCACCAGACCCUCUCUCAGCUGGCUGUCACCCAGGACCAGGGCGCCAUGCUGGGGCAGAUGAGCAGAGAGCAGCAGGGUCAGGCCCAGGCUAUCCACAUCAACAGCCAGAGCAGCCAGCCCAUCUCAAUCAGUCAGACCAGUGAACAGAUCCCAAAUCACCAUAUCCAGGGCCAGACCUUCCAGAUACAGGCUGGUACUGUCUCCUACCUCUACACCACCAGCCUAGCCCCGCCAUAGACCUGAUACAUGGCCGUAGACGACGCAAAGGAGUCAACAGCCAUGUAUCAGGACCAGCCCAGCCAUAGACUGUAUGGGCACAGCAGAACUGACUGAAGGAAACCAGUCUGGCCCAACACAAUUGACUUUGCCUUAGUUCACACUCAGGUUGGAAGAUGGAUGUAAAAUGCAUUUGUCACAAUGGUUGUAAAUAAAAUGUAGUUAUGCAGUAAUACCAGGAUGUUGAUAUUGUAUGUCAAGUCACAUAAUGUAAAACAAAUUGUAUUGUGGGGUGGCAUAAAAGCAUUGUUUAUAUUAUGAAGGUAAAAUAGUGCCUUAAGUGUACAAGCAUGUAUGAUUUGCACAUGUAACAUAUGAGUUGCAACUGUUUAAUCCGUUUUGUAGUUGCAAAAAAUAUUUGCCAACGUAACUUAUUUUGUGAAUAAAUGCGACAACA